UAUUAUAAGAUUAUUCUAUUCACAAUGGCUACCCCUCUUGGUUUCUUCUUUCUCUUUACUCUCACUCUCAUAUGUACUCAAUUUUCCACUACAAAUGGAUUAUUCUCCGAACAAUCCAACAUCAUGUUACCAACAAAUCAACAAAACACUGAAAAAUUAACCCAUUUACAUUUUUUUUACCAUGACAUCUUAGAAGGAAAAAAUCCAACGGUUGUACAAAUUAUAGAUCCAUCAACAUCACCUAGUGGAUUUGGAGCAACUUUUAUGAUGGACAAUCUUUUAACUGAAGAACAAGAUUUAACCUCAAAACAUGUUGGUAGAGCUCAAGGGAUGUUUGGUUUGGCAUCAUUGGAAGACCGUGGUAUGGUUAUGUUAAUUAAUUUAGCUUUUACCGAAGGUGAAUUUUCCGGUAGUACUCUUAGUAUGCUUGGAAGGAAUCCUGUUCAAGACACUGUUAGAGAAUUGCCUAUUGUUGGUGGUACGGGUGUGUUUAGAUUUGCUAGGGGGUAUGCUAUUGCUAAAAGUCAUUGGGAAAUUUCAACAUCUGAACAUUUUGUUGUGGAGUAUGAUAUCACUGUUUCUCAUCCAUAGAUUCUUUUUUUAGGAUUAUUAUUACUAUGGUGUUGUCUAAACUUUUGUGGGAGACUUGUAUCGCUGCCAAAUAAUUGUGUAUCCCUUUAUUUUUUGAGUAAUUGUCAUUCAAAAUUUCUAAUUAUUACACUUGCAAAGAAGCUUGUACGGUAAGAACUAGAUCGGUUCAGAUGCAAAUAUUCAUUAUUGAUGUUUUGAAGAUAUAAAGACAAUAGAACAAUUGUACAAA